AUGAAGCCCCUCUCAAGGGGCCUUUCUUCAGGAGAGACGCAAUGGAUCUGGCAUCUCGAUCCAGCGACGCUGCACGCAAUUGAUUUCCUUGCAUAUCGCCUGGGCCUAUUCCAUGCCCCUCCGACAAGCACCGGCAGCAAUGGCACGGCUUGCUGUGGUGGUGGUGGUGGUGGCGGCAAUAGUGGUAAGACUGCGCCUUCAACGAAACAAAUGCGGGCUGACCGACUGAACCGCAUGGCUAAAAACUCUUCUCUUGUCGUUUCAUCCUCACAUCCCGCCUCUUCCUUGUGCAAUGGGAGACAGGUGUUGCACGAGGAGAUACGGCCAUAUUCAUCCUUGGCCAUUAUGCAGCAAAUGAUGCGAGAGUGGCAGAAGCGUCAGCGGGCGCUUGUAUUGCGUGAAGCGGAGCAGGCCUUAAAGGAUGAAGUUGAGUUUUCUACCACGAUGCGCCACCCAGAGUCGCUCUUCGCGGAUGAGGAUGCGGUGAUGUUUCGUUUCGGCAUGGGUGCCUUUGUGUCACCCGCUGCACCUGGUUUUUCAGGACUCUUCCGGCAGCACUGGAAAGACUUCAUGGUCACGGAGAUGGUGACGGAUGCAAGCGGGUCUGGCAUUGCACUUUCACGCGUGCUGGACUGGAGCGUGCCGCCCUUGCCAGCCUCCCUGCUGCACGCGGGCUCAGAAAAGGAGCAAGGAAUAGACGUGGAGGGCGGCCCGCACCCAUCUUUCUUUAGCGUAAACGUGGAGGAGCGUGUAGCAGAGCUGGUCCAGGGGGACAGCAAGAGUGGAGAAAUGAGCCAUACUGAAGUGAGCGAGGGCGAAGUCAGUGGUAUUGGGGGGCGAUUCUAUCUUCAGGCCUACCUUCACAAGCAGCACAUCGCCCACAGUGUGGCGCUCUCCAAUAUAGCGCAGACGCUUCGCAUGCACCCCACCGGCAUUUCGGUUGCCGGCAUCAAGGACUACAUUGGAGAUACCAUUCAACGGGUACGAUUGAAGAACAUCACGCCAGCGGCGGCUCUUGAAGCGAAUCGUGUCUUUCGCCGGAAAAAGUGGGCAAUGAGGUUGUCAGACUUCUCGUACGAAACAGAGCCGUUGUACCCGGGACGUUUGUUCGGCAAUCAGUUCAAGAUUGUGCUGCGAGAUGUGACUGCACCGCGGGAAGAUGUCGAACGUGCAAUAAAUGAUUUUUCUGUUCAUGGAUUUCCAAAUUACUAUGGCUGCCAGCGCUUCUCGUGGUUUGGGGGAAAAAAUGAUGCUGCCUUCGCAUUGCUGCAUCACAACUGGCUCGCCUUUGCAUUCCGUUUCCUUGGGUACACCAGUCGUGAGAGGACGCUGCGUGAGCUUCUGCAGCGUGAAAAAAAGUAUCCAAACCCGGUGCAGGACGAGUACCGGCGCAAUGUAGUUCGGCGUCUACGAAGCAUAGCCAUGGAUCCCGGCGAGUUGGAUGUGGCGCCCUUUCUGUCCUGCCCUGCGCUUGGUGUCCCACCAACCUCAGUCGAUGGUGGCCCAAUUAGCAAAAAACAGGAGCUGAUCAUCCUACAGCUGCGUGGGGCAUUCCUGGACCUGAGCAUGACGAGUCGCCGCUUGACAGCGCAGCGUCUGAGCAGUUAUCUGUGGAACCAGGUAUUGACACUUCGGCUGCAUCAUUUUGGAUCGAAGGUGUUAGUAGGGGAUAUGUUGAUACCAGAGACUUUCCGUCAGGUCGAAACAUCACCGGAGGAUCGCAAGGACUGGUACCGUGAAGGUAUUCGAUUCAUCGCAGAUGAUGCAGAGAAAGACAUGCAUUCUAUUACAGAUGUGGUACACGUCGGUUUCUCCUUCAAUGGUAUUCAGCGGCCAAGGAAUGCGACUGGAGAAUACUACCUUCAAGUGUGUGAAAAGUAUCGCCUGGAUUGGUAUGCCCAACACACACGAGUUGGGAUUCGUGAUUUUCUUGAGCCGCCACGACCCAUUAUCCGCAAGCCCUUAAACUUGAGCUAUGACUACAACAAGGCGGAGUCCAAGUUGACGUUAGAGUUUGCCCUGGAGCGUGGAUGUUACGCAAAUGUUGCCAUUACUGAGCUGAUGAAGCAACUUCGCUGUGCUGGGUCUGACGAUAUUCUCACACUCCCGGCCCCCGACGCGAUGUGGGAUCUCGGCGACCGCGACCCCGGUUACGUGACCACCCUGCAGGAUAUUUACAGUGGUUUUCAGGACGGCCUGGGCUUCGUGACAGAUGAACACGAAGUUCCGCUAGUGGGGGAAGGAAAGGUCUGGGACUGCCACAAUGGACCGCUCUUCCUUCCAGAGAGUGCAGACCCCGUGCGUAAGGCGUACCGGUGGGGUGAGCGUCAUCUGUUGCGCAAUAUGGCACGCCGUGCGCGGGAUGAGGAGAUGAUGAAGCGGCGGUUGUUUGAGAAACCGCUGGCGGGGACGCUCAAGGAUGGUGAGGUGAGCCAGUACGCUGGGCAUACCGUCCCCAUGUCCCCCAACACUAGGGCAAAGAAGAUCUUCUUCAAGGUCCUCCGACGGCAGCGGCGGUUCCCUGGAGCUCCGAAGGCCGCACCUCGCCUCAAACGUGGGGCGCAGAUUCAGAAGAGGACCGCCGUUCAGGCUCCGUUCAAAACAAUUGACAGGAACACAUGGAAUGUCACUUGGUGA